AAUAAUAACAACGAAUGACAACUUAGAAAUUUUUUCUUAAUAACUCAUUUGAAUUGAGUGAAAGCUGACAGAGAGGUUAUCGACCAUACCUACAAAAUACUCUUGUGUACGUUAAAAUAUGCAAAAAAAUUUAGCCAAUUUUAGAAUAACAAAUUCACCGUUUUAUCAUGUAUUGAAUACAGUUGUUGUGAAUAAUACAAUGUCGUCAACAGCAGCAAUAACAGCAUCUAAUAUUACUGUUCCCAGUGAUGACUGUCUUCAUCAUCUUAACACGAAUGCCAUCAGCCGGUUACCAGACGAUAUGUACAAACAUACGAAAGAGAAUCAGCCAGAUGUUAAACAAAUUGACGAGAAUUCUAGUCUACCAGAUAAUUUAAAAAUGAUAAUCAAUAAAGCUUGGGAAGCAUGUAAUGAUGAAAAUAUUGAGAAUAUUCCUCCACAGAUGAAGCGAAUAUCAGAUGAUACGCCUAAUAUUAUACCAAAAACUAUUACGACUGCUGCUAAUACACCGAUUGUUUGCACUUGCCAACCGAAUGAGGUUAUCCUAACAGCAACACAAGUACCAUCUCCUUUCACUACUAGUCCAGAUUCUGGUUUGGGUUAUGAACACAUGAUUCAUCGUGAUCGGAGAGUCUUGCAUGACGCAGUUAGACAACCGUUCACAUGGAGCCAAUCCCAACAACAACCACAACACCACCAAACACAUCAAACUUGCAUUCAAGGACCAGUGGUCAUACCGAAACCAAGACCUUUAGUACGACAGAAAGAGAAUAUUGAUCCAAAUUUGUUUUUUUAUCCACCAACAUCAUCAUCGGGGAAAAGCGUCAAAGGUACUGGAGACAGUAAUAAAAUUCAUUAUCAGGUGAUUCCAAGAAUAUCACAACAGAUGACUUCAUCAACAAUCAUCAGUACAUCGACAGCAACAAUGAACAAGAGUAUAUCAAAUGCUAAUAAUAAUAAUAAUAUCAAAUCAGUACAAAUGCCUAUGCGUCAUCCAUUCAAACGUAGACAAGAUGCUAUUUAUAAUGCCCGGUAUAAAACACAACCAUGUGUUCACUAUCAAAAGCAUAAACAUUGUCCUUUAGGUGAAAAUUGUCAUUUCGCACAUGGUCCAGAAGAUUUAAAACAUCCAGAAUUUCAUCCAAAAUAUCGUACACAGAAUUGCUAUAAUUAUGCAAGGACUGGUGAUUGUCCAUAUGGAGAGAAAUGUUUCUUUGUACACCCUGAUGAUGAGUUAUUAACAGCCUCAUCGUUUUAUCACCAUCAGCUGGAGAAUAGUGGUAAUCAUAAUUCAGUGAAUACAAUUAAUCCUUGGAAUGGAGAAUCGUUCACUGGGCAGGCGAUUAUGUCAAACAUCAAUAACACGGGCAAUGACAACAGUACAUUUAUUGAUUCUGUAUUACUUUACUCAUAUUUAAGGCAAGUUGCUAUUUGAAUUAAUAAUAAUAACAAAAAAUCCGCUGUUCAUUCUUCCUUCAAAACACUUAAUAUUGUAUUUUAUCAUUCCUUGUUUUAUUUUCGAAAAGCUUUCAUAUAGACUGAUAGAUAGAUAUUUCAAUUUCUAUUUUCUCAUAUUUUGAGACAUACGAUCUUUCCAUAAUUUUUAAGCAUGCUUCCACUAGAAACAGAUUAAAAGUUGAAUAUUUAUUUUCGUAAAUUUAAAAGAAGUCUUCAACAAUUCCUUACUUUAGCCGUUUUUGUUCUUAAGAUGUUUUUUCUUCAUUGAUAUAUAUUUUUUAAAUGUGUUUAGUCGUACAAUUAUUUACAUAGGAAAUGAUAUACUAUUCCUACACUGCUGCCUUUUGAAUGCCCUGCAAUUGAAUUAAUUAAUUCAUCCAUUUAUUUAUUCUAUCAAUGUCUAUGUCGUAUAGAGGGCAAUGUACUUAUUGAUUUAUUAUUUGACUCCAACAAAUCGAUACAAAUCAUACAACAUAUAUAUAUAUAUAUACAUCUAUUAAAAUAUCUAUAUACUUAUUAUUUUAUAUUUUUUUGUUUUGUUUAAUAAGCGCGUCUGUUUUGCCUUGAAUGUAUUUGGGCAUUCAGAUGUUAAUUUUACGUACAUUUUAUUUAAUAUUAUUAAUAAUAAUAAUAAUACUUAUUAAAAAUUAUAAUAAUGAUACCUAUUGAAAAUAAUAAUAAUAAGACAAAACAGCAGCUACUCAUUUUUUAAGAAUUUUAAAAAUGUUUAUUUAUUAUUUUAAUACUAUUAUAUAUUGACAAUAUAAAAAAACGACAUAUAUAUGUAUUUAUAAUUUUGUUUAUAUUUUUUAAUAUGUUCUCUGUGUGUGUUCAACACUCAUGUGAUCUUUCCUUAUUUGGAUUACUUUAAAACUACAACUUUUUCUAAUACGGUGAAUACAGACACUCUAUAUGCUAUAUCCAUUCUCUUGUACACCUGUUUCUAUUUUUAACUUAAUUAAGCAUUCCCAGAAUACGAAAAAUUGUGGCGAAUUUACCCUUGGCCUCCAAUGGAAUUUAUAAAAAUAAAAAAACACACCAUCUAUGUAUGUGUUUGUGUCACAUAACAAUGCAUUUUUGCUAUCAAAAUAACAAAUUUUUUAAGUUGGUUAAAAUAAUAAAGACUGUUUUACUGCUCAUCAAA